AUGUUAUUAAUCCAACUUUAUCUGAACAUUCAAGUCUCUAUUAUCGAAUAAAUUUUGAUUGGUAUCUAUUUUGCAAGCACUGAUACAGAUAGUAUAACUCUUCUUUAUUUUAAUUAGAACUUCUUUUCAUUUUCAUCUGUUUUACUAUAAACAUUUACUAAUUCAAGCAUAUAUUCAGAUUUCUUUUCAGAAUAAAUCUUUAAUUUUACAAUUUGUUCAUAUCUUAAUGAGAAAAAUCAAAUUUAUUCUUAUAAUAAUUCAGUAACUAUAGUAUCAAUAAAAAUAAAUAAAUAUAACUAAAUUUAAUGUAAGUUAAUCUUAAUCCUAUGUUGA